AUGGCCGCUCGUCUUCUUCCUGUCCUCGCCUCCGCCAUUGGCCGUGAGCAAGCCUCCCGCGAGCUCAUAUGGAUACAACGCGCCGUCGACUCCCGCGAGACCUCCCUCACCCUCGACGAGAUCGUCCGCCGCCGGGCAGGCGGAGAACCUCUCCAAUGCGUCUUCACAGGAACCCAGCCAUUUGGCCCGCUCAAUCUCCUCACGCGUCCUCCAGUCCUGAUACCUCGUCCAGAGACCGAGCACUGGGUUACCAAGCUGGCAGAAACCGUGCGGCCAAGCGCGCAAAAGCCAAUCUCGCUGCUGGACCUUGGCACCGGCUCGGGGUGUAUCCCUCUCCUCCUGUGUCAUCUCUGGCCAGCAGGGAGCGUCAAGGCGCAUGCUGUUGAUAUCUCUCCCCACGCCCUAGCCUUGGCACAAGAAAAUGCACAACGUACAGGCAUUCUUCCUCAUUCAGAUCAUGAAAAGAAGCCUCGGAAUACAUUUACUACCUCCAUGGCAAACCUACUUGCGGAGGAUUUCCCGGAUACCGCGUCGCGCUCUAAUUCCCCCUUCGAUGUUAUCACAUCCAACCCGCCUUACAUACCGUGGAAGGAAUACCUCAAGCUACCCCGUUCCGUGUCCGACUUUGAAGAUCCCAAGGCUCUCUUCGGGGGCCCAUCUGGCCUUGAGUUUUAUCACGCCAUCUCUCGUCUUAUCUUGCGCUCAGAUUUACUCAAGCCGGAUGGCAUAGUCGCCCUCGAGAACAGAAAUUUGGCUGGACCCAUGGGUGGCUGGUUCUCGCAAGUGGCGUCACAGCUUGCUCGCAUCACUCGGGGUGUCUCACCGCUUCUACUUCGUGUUGAUUGGGCCAACACCUUGGAUUUAGUCGUCAGGAGGAUGAAGGGCAUCGACGCACCCUCGAUGUUCGGUCUCCACCUCGCUGCACCCUGUCGCAACCCUCCAGAUGCACCAUCCAACACCCACUUCCCAUUUGUUCGACUGCCAACCGAGAUCAUGCAAGAGAUAUUUUCGCGGUGCCUUCCACCAGUCCCCCCCACAAACACCGAACGAAUCUACCACCUCCCAGAUCUCCAAGGUUUCACGAGGAAGGACGCGCCCCUAUUACUUUGUCAAGUCUGUCGGCUAUGGCGUCAAGCAGCUCUGUCUAUUCCCAACCUGUGGAUGGCGUUGGACGUAUACGUGUCGACGGGGAAGGCGCGACCAGCUUUGCCACUGGUCAAGCUCUGGCUCGCGCGGUCCGGGGGUCUUCCGCUGUCCCUCUCGCUCUUCCAACAGAACGAUUCGAACGCCAACCGAGUCGCCGCCGGAGAGAUUCUUGACCUCUACAAGUCCUAUAUACACUGCUGGUGCAAUAUCCAGUUCGACUUGACAGGACCGAGAUAUUCCCGACAGUUGACUCCUCAGCAGAGUUCGGCGCCUAUGCUCAAGCAGUUCCGCAUGCAGACGUCAUAUCGAGUGUUCGACUCGGAGGAAGACGACAGGGAUCUUUUCGGGAUCUUCAACAACGUCCCACGGCUUGAGAAACUUCACGUUUCACGGAUUCCGGGCCUCAGUUUGCUCGGAGCAAGUGCCUUCCUGAUACCAUGGAACCAGCUCGUUUCUCUUACCUUGGACUAUGUUCCGUGCGUCGGAGCGAGUCACCAUAUUCUCGAAAAAUGCCCGCGGCUGACGGAAGCAACAUUCAAGGUGGAUUCAAUAGGCAGCGCGCUCGCUGACUAUAACCCCGUGAGGCAUAGCCUAACCUCGUUAAAUAUUAACAUCGGUCACGAGCAGCUGGGCGCAUUUUUGGGUCAUAUCACCUUACCAGCUCUGGAAGACGUCGCGAUUUAUGUCAGAGGACCACUGGACCACUACGGAUGGCCCCAAGCUGAGUUCGAGUCGUUUCUGAAGCGCUCGCAUUGCAAACCAACGCAGUUCGAAAUCCACGAUACCGGCAUGAAGUUCGACGAGUUUGCCGCCUGCCUGCGGAACCCGCACUUGCAACUGUUGGAGAGAAUCAUAGUGGAGGACAGACGGGAUUGGACAUGGAAUCCCUUUAUCACAGACCUGGCAGUCGACUUGCUCACCUUGCCCACCUUCCUCGACAAAUCGAGACCGUUGCCGUCGUCUUCCACGCCCAGCGUCAAUCCCAAUUCACCUGCAGAUGCACCCGGAAGCCCCCGAUCCGACGAUGAAGGCUCCAACGACUCAGGGAUGGUCGAAAAGACGUUCUUACCCAACUUAGAGUCUCUCACCUUUCGCGGAAGUUGCUUGUGGACGGUAGAUGGAGCAGUGGCAGAUAUGGUCGAAUCGCGUUGGAGGUUCCAUUGCAACGCCGUGCGGCGUCUGAGGCGUGUGGAGCUGGAGAUGCUUUCGAGCCAUGUGGAGGAUUUCAGGAGGCUGAAGGAGUUCUGCAGUGAAGGUUUGGAACUGGACUUGCUUUUCCGUUAA